GUGUGUGAGGGGAAGCGGCGGAGCGGCGUCGGCUCUCGCCAAGAUGGCGGACGAGGCGAGCGAGGGGCUGCCUCGCUCGGUCCUGCCGGGCCCCCUACGAGGCGGCGGAGGCGGAGGAGGCGGCGGGGGCUCGUCGUCCUCCUGCUCCUCCUCGGCGGCCGCCGCCUCCUCCUCCUCGGGGGCGGCUCCGGCGGGGCCGCGCGUGGUGCGCAUCGUCAAGUCCGAGUCCGGCUACGGGUUCAACGUGCGCGGGCAAGUGAGCGAGGGCGGGCAGCUGCGCAGCAUCAACGGGGAGCUCUACGCGCCGCUGCAGCACGUCAGCGCCGUGCUGGGCGGGGGGGCGGCCGAGCGCGCCGGCGUGCGCAAAGGGGACCGCAUCCUCGAGGUGAACGGCGUGAACGUUGAAGGCGCAACACACAAGCAGGUCGUGGACCUGAUCCGAGCGGGAGAGAAGGAGCUGAUUCUGACCGUCUUGUCGGUGCCGCCCCACGAGGCAGACAACCUUGACCCGAGUGACGACUCCCUGGGGCAGUCGUUCUACGACUACACUGAAAAGCAGGCGGUGCCCAUCUCGAUCCCCACCUACAAGCACGUGGAACAGAAUGGUGAGAAGUUUGUGGUUUACAAUGUUUACAUGGCGGGCCGGCAGCUGUGUUCGAAGCGGUAUCGUGAAUUUGCCAUCUUGCACCAGAACCUGAAGCGAGAGUUUGCCAACUUCACUUUUCCGCGCCUGCCGGGCAAAUGGCCGUUCUCCUUAUCGGAACAGCAGUUGGACGCCAGGCGGCGGGGGCUCGAGGAAUACCUAGAAAAGGUGUGUUCCAUCCGAGUCAUCGGGGAGAGCGACGUCAUGCAAGAGUUCUUGUCAGAAUCGGAUGAGAAUUACAAUGGCGUGUCAGAUGUGGAACUCCGAGUGGCACUACCAGACAUCACGACGGUGACUGUCCGAGUGAAGAAGAAUAGCACCACAGACCAAGUAUACCAGGCUGUGGCUGCCAAAGUUGGGAUGGACAGCACCACCGCAAACUACUUCGCGUUGUUCGAGGUGAUCAAUCACUCCUUCGUGCGGAAGCUGGCGCCCAACGAGUUCCCCCACAAGCUCUACGUGCAGAACUACACCUCGGCCGUGCCGGGCACCUGCCUGACCAUCCGGAAGUGGCUCUUCACCACCGAAGAGGAAGUCCUCCUGAACGACAAUGAUCUGGCCGUGACCUAUUUCUUCCAUCAGGCUGUUGAUGAUGUGAAGAAAGGGUACAUCAAAGCGGAGGAGAAGUCCUACCAGCUGCAGAAGCUCUGCGAGCAGAGGAAGAUGGUCAUGUACCUGAACAUGCUGAGGACCUGCGAAGGUUACAACGAGAUCAUCUUCCCGCACUGCUCCUGCGACUCUCGUCGGAAGGGUCACGUAAUCACAGCCAUCAGCAUCAAGCACUUUAAACUCCACGCCUGCACCGAGGAGGGCCAGCUAGAGAACCAGGUAAUAGCCUUUGAAUGGGACGAGAUGCAACGAUGGGAUACAGAUGAAGAAGGCAUGGCGUUCUGCUUUGAAUACGCACGAGGGGAGAAGAAGCCGCGAUGGGUUAAAAUCUUCACUCCUUACUUCAACUACAUGCACGAGUGUUUCGAGCGGGUUUUCUGUGAGCUCAAGUGGCGGAAAGAGGUGGAAGAGGAAGCCACAGACAAGGAUAACAAAAACUGUAGUAAAGACAACAUGUGCAGCAAGAAUAUCUUUCAGAUGAUGCGGACACACCACAGAGACAUUACAACUUAGCCUCAUUUCGCCAUGGACAAAACGUAUUAUCCCUUCCCUGCCCCCCCCCUUCUGAAGAUUAACACUUUAAAAAAAUUUAAAAACAGAAAAAGAAAAGAGAGGGAAAAAGUGGAUUUAUGGGUUGGAUCCCGCGGAUCCGUUCCGCUAACAGCGGUGCUUUCCCCUGAUGCAAGGCGCUUCCCCGCAACGCUAAAGGCCAUUUGUUAGCCGAGUGGAUCCAAGGGAGCCAGCCCACCGUAUUAAAGCCCUUAAACUAAAUAUUAAUACCAUUUGUGAAUUUCAUGUUAAGCAAUGCCGGGGGAGUGGGGGUGGGGGGGAAACCAGCAGAGCCAUCAAAAACAAGGGUGUGUGGAGGGGGCCGGGGGUUAGUUUCUCGCCAGCAAAAAUUUGUGAUUUAGUUGUUCCCCUUUCUGGAAUCCCUGUUGUUGAAAGAUGGACUAUUCUGAGUUUGUUUGUUUUUUUAAAAAAACACAACUGGAUAUAGAAACUUACAUCCAUUUUUGCACUGUUUGGACAUAUAUAUGUAUGUAUGUAAAAAAAAAAGUUAUAUAUACAAACGAUCACCCGCGUAUAUACAUAUAUAUAAUUUUCAUAUUGACGGCCGUUACCUUUCGAUUGCUUGCAUUUCUAGAUGGAGUUUCCCUUCCUUCUGCAUUUUGUCGUGUUGUUAUUUUGUAAAGAAUGCCUGGGGUGGGGAAGAAGGUCGCGUUUACAAGAAAUGCUGCUGUUGGUGUAGAAAGAAGUUACAGCUGAAACACAUCUUUGGAGCUCCAUAAAAAUCUGAAUCCAGAAUCUGAAAUCUUCAAUGUUUUGAAUUUUAAAGUUUUUAUUUAAAAAAAAAAACAUUUUGGGAAGAAUUUUUCCCACUGGGUUUCGGAUAGAAUUUCAGAUGUGCGGGUUGGCAACGAAAGCGGACUUUGGAUUCUAUCACUCCAAUUUGAAAGUAUCUUUUUUGUUCCAGUGGAACUAAAUUUUUAAAAUCUGGGGACUUUCAAUGUAGGUUUUAAGCUUUUAUUUUUUUUAGGAAAAGAUAAUGUGAGAUUUCAUUCUCGCUCUGGCCUUGUCCUAUCCUCCGUUCUUUCUGGGAUUAGAAAUCAUUGGCUGGUUUCAUUUUUUCAGGUUUGCAGGCUUGGGGCGGGAGACGACUGUAAAGAGUAUCUGAGUUUUCUCCCUUAAUGGGAUUUGAGUCCAGUGGCACCUUAAGAGACGAAAACGAUUUUUAGGUUAUAAGCUUUAGGGUGUUUUUAGUGUAUGAGGUUUGACUCUUGAAAGCUUAUAUCCUUAAAAAUCUUGUUGGUCUGUAAGGUGCCACUGGACUCCUGCUGUUCUACUUCAGACCAGCACAGCUACCUGCUGUCUCCCUAGAAGUAGGCCCGCAUUAUGCCAGACUUGCACUUGCUGUGGUGAUCCUAGAGCGUUGCCCUACUCUCCAGGACUGCUCCUGAACCCACCUGUGGGUGGGAGGCUGUUUUAAUUAGGCCUCUUUAUAAUACACCUACGCACCCCCAGAGCCCUCUUGGGUCAGUCUGAAGGGUCUGUUUCCAGCAAGGACUGGCCGGAUACCUCUAAGAAGCUCAAUGGUUUGUCCCGCCUCGUGCUUCUGGUACUCAUAGGCAUGGUGAUGAGUGCUUUCAAGUCCACGGCAACCCCUGGCCCAGGUUUUCAUAGCAAGAGACUAACAGAGGUGGUUCGCCAUGGCCUGCCUCCUUUGGAGGUCUCCCCUCCAAUUACUAAUCAAGGCCCGACCCUGCUUAGCUUCCGAGAUCUGACAAGAUCAGACUCUCCUGGGCCAUCCAGGUCAGGGCACUCAUAGGUGUAGUACACUAAUAUUUCCACAUUUUAUUCAUUUGUUCAGUCUUGGAUUUUUUAGACCAGUUAAGCUAGCCAGCCAUUCUGAUUGCAGCUUGUUGCCUUAGUGUCGUGCAGGCAGGUCCAGUCAAUGCGGAAAACUUUUGUUCCUCAGUGGUACUUUGAAGUGUAUCUGGAAUGCGCCGUUAUUAUCGUGCCAGAAAUCCCUGGUCCAGCACACUUCUUCUAGUGUGGUUGACUGUUUUUAGAGCCAGUGCUUUCAGCAGCUGCCAGCAACUGACUAGGGGAAGACUGGAGGUAGCGCCGGGGAGCAGGCUGAAUAAAUUGAGCCUCUUUUCUGGGCAGAGAAGCUGUGGAGGUCUGUGGAGCAGUUUCCCCACUGACUGGGGUGUGUGGAUUCUGUUGGGCUUGGUCUGGAGCCUGAAGACAUCGGCAACAGCACGUGAGGAGCCCAAGAGGAAGGGAUGAACUGCGAGGCGGGGAAGGAUUCAGUGAACGAAUGCCCAGAGUGAGGCAGGGAAGGAUUCAGUGAACGAAUGCCCAGAGUGAGGCAGGGAAGGAUUCGGUGAACAAAUGCCCGGAGUUGUUGGCUGUGGGAAAGGGUGGGGAGAAUUUGCAAACAGUACUUUCUGAUUUCACAGUCCAGAGGUGGUCGUGCCACCAGGUGCUUUUGAAUGUAGCAGAUUGGGUGUGAGCUAUCAGGGCAAAGUUGUACCUGUGCCUCUUUCUCUUGGGAUGAAUGGUGCAAGCCCUUUUCCAGCGGGCUCCUUGUUUCUCAGCCCUGCUUGCUCUGGGAAGGGACAGAUCGGGUGGGCUGCUCAAUUUUCAGCACAGCCCUGGGGUAAUAAGAUAUCCAUGUUUCCACCCAUUGCCUCUCAGUUGUUCAGUGUUUUAAGGGUUGGAUCUUGGUACAAGAAAUCUUUGCCUGAUGAAAGAGGCUCUGAGCCUCUUGUAUCUUGGGGAAGACCAGGGCUUUUUUUUUCAGCCGGAACGCAGUGGAACAGAGUUCUGGCACCUCUUGGAAGUAAUCAUAUGUCUGCUGGCCCCCACUGAUCAGCCCAAGUGUUGCUACUUUCAGAGCCAGUAGUUUUUUUUCCACUGACAGGAGGGGGAUUCCCCUCCCAUCAGCUGAAAAAAAAGCUGUUUUAAAAUGCCAGCAGCUUUUUCAGCGGAAGGGAGAGGGAGGAGGGAUCCCCUCCUCCUCCUCCCCUCAGCUGAAAAAAACAGCAGGGCAUUUAAAAGAAGCAAUACUUUUCUUGAAAGAAAAGUGUUGCUGCUUUCAAAGUUGGCAGCUUUUUCCAGCUGACAGGAGGGAGAUUUCCCUCCCAUCAGCUGAAAAUUGGCUGGCUUUUGAAAGCAACAUUUCUGUUGCCAUUUGCAAAUGGCAAGAAAAGUGCUGCUUUGAGCUUCGGUGUGCUCCAUAAAGAUUCCCGAAUCAUUAAGGAGCAUACCAAAGCAUUUAAAUUCCCGAAUCCUGAAGCGGCUUGCUACUUGCCGCUUAAGAGUUCUACCACCUUUUCCCAGAAAAAAAGCCCUGGAAGACCGUUUGCAGUGAAGGAAAGUGCCACCAUUAUUGGGCUGGAACCCUGGGAAAUCUGGGUAGCCAGCUAGGGGAACAUGGCUAUCAUGAGCAAGAUUUGAGUUCAGUAGCACGUUAAAGACCAACAAGAUUUCCAGGGUAUGAGUUUUCGAGACUCAAGAUUCCUUAGAUAACCUCUGUCAGAAGGGAGCUUGACUCUGGACACCUUAUGCCCUUGGAACUCUAGCCGGUCUUUAAGGUGCUACUGAACUCAAAUCUUGUUUUCAUAUGAGCUUUCAAGAUCUGCAGCUCAUUUAUUUAUUAUUUACUUCAUUUAUACCCAAAGGGGUGUACGUUAUUCUUUCUCCCCGAAGGGGACCCAAAGCGGCUUACGGUGUUUUCCUCUCCCCCGUUUUAUUCUCGCCACAACUCUGCCCGGGUAGGUCAGGCUGAGCGGUUGUGACGGGGCCAAGGUGACCCAGCACGUUCCUAUGGUAGAGUGAGGAGGGUUUGAAUCUGUCUCUCUCUUAGAUGCUAGUUCAGCACUCUAGCCACUGCACCGCACUGCCUCUCAUAGAUGCGAUCCGAAGGCAGGCUGUGACUCGUACUUAAAUGUUGUCGGUCUUCAAGGUGCUGCUGGACUUCUGUCUUGAACUGGGUCCUUGACAGGAGCUGGAAGGCAGAGCCUGGGGAGGGGGGGAGAGGAGAAGAGCAGGCAGGAUGGGGCGGUCACAGCCUUAGGAAAUACGCCUCGCUUCCUUGCCCUGCCCUAAGAGGAGUGUGAGUGAGACAGCACAUUUGCGUCCUCUCUGGUUGGGUGCUGGGGAGCUGCCCGCAGGGCCUUGGCGGGCUCUCCCACAUAAAGCCGGAAGGGUUGGGGGCAUGAGCUGUGGCCUGGAGGUGCUGUCCUGCAAACUUUGCAAGAACCUUGGCCAUUGCGGGGUUGGGGGAGAAGCCUACAGAACGUCUUUGAGC